CGCACACCUAGGCUACAGGCUCCGGACUUUGCUACGCUUUCGAAGCCCCUGCAAGCGUCCGGCGCGGGCGGCCCGGGCCCCUACUCAGGGUCGAGGGCCAUUUGGGCCUCAAGAUGUCCCGAAGACUUGGUUGGCUUGCCCUGUAUAGUCUGUCAGUGACACUCUUCACAUGUCUCCUCUUUUUGAAGAGGGAGGCCAAGCCAGCUGUAACCCCUGCAGGCCCACAGCAGGCAGGGCACCCUAUGGUUAAGCAUCCCUUUUGGGCACCUGCAGCAUCCCAUGGAAGCCUGUGUCUGCCCAACUCUGAAGUGACCAAUGCAUCCACGGCCCUGCCUGUCCGUCACCGCCUCUUCCUGACCUAUAAACACUGCCGGAACUUCUCUACCCUAUUACAGCCCACAGGCUGCCCUGCUAACACUUUCCUCCUGCUGGCCAUUAAAUCACUGCCCGCUCAUGUGGACCGCCGGGCAGCCAUCCGCAGCACCUGGGGCCGCAUCAGGGCUCAAGGUGGGGGGAAGCAGCUAAAACUAGUAUUUCUCAUGGGAGUAGGGGGGACUUCCCCACCCCCUCAGUUGUUGGUUUAUGAGAGCCAGGAAUUUGAUGACAUUUUACAGUGGAACUUUACUGAGGACUUUUUCAACUUGACUCUGAAGGAGCUUCACCUCCAAAGGUGGCUGGCUAGCAGCUGUCCACAGGCCCAGUUUGUCCUCAAGGGAGAUGACGAUGUCUUUGUCCAUGUACCCAAUGUCCUGGAGUUCCUAGAAGGGCAAGACCCUAAUCAGGAUCUCUUUGUAGGGGAUGUGAUCAGUGAAGCUCUGCCCAACAGGAAUACCAGGGUCAAGUACUUUAUCCCCCCCUCCAUGUACCGUGCUCGCCACUACCCGCCCUAUGCUGGAGGGGGUGGAUAUGUGAUGUCUCAAGCAACAGUUCAAGGGCUGCGGGCUGCAGUGGAGGAGGUGGACUUAUUUCCCAUUGAUGAUGUGUUUGUGGGGAUGUGCUUGAAGAAACUGGGUGUGAAGCCAACCCACCAUGCAGGAUUCAAGACCUUUGGGAUUCGUCGACCUCUGGACCCCUUGGACCCCUGUCUGUACAAGGGGCUGCUGCUGGUGCACCGUCUCAGCCCCCUGGAGAUGUGGACUACGUGGGCUUUGGUGAAGGAUGAGGGCUUAAGGUGCGCUGCCCUUCCGGCUCUGGCCCAACAGACUGGCUGAGGGAGUGACCAGGAGGUGCACACCGGUAGUGUUCAGGCUAGUGGGGGAUUUUGCUUUCAGUUACUUUCUAUAAAGGCUAAGAAAAUGGAGAGCUUUUAAACUAACGUAGCUUCAUGGGAAAUUCGGUCCUAAAUUGUAGUCCCACAGAUUCCCUUUAACUUUGAUUAAAAACAACAACACAAGGAGAUUUGGUACCUCUGAGCCAUGUGCUUUAUGCCAAAUCUCCCCAUGAAAAGUCUAAGGAUUUCUUUCAUGGUUUCCCUCCCCCCACCCUUCCCUUCCCUUGCUCCUAAAUAAACUAUCACACACACACACACACAAAAAAAAAAAAACAACACACAAAAAGAGCCGGGUUAAUGAAUGGGAAAGUGUGAAGAGGGGCAGGCAGCUUCAGAGGACUUCUCAGCCGAGCUUCAUCUUC